UAGUCAUGCCGCUCGUGGUGAUACAUCUGCAUCUUCGAGUCUAAUGCAGCUUGGUCUGACGAGUGCGGCACAUGAUUUCGUGCUCGUUGCUGGAGAUUUUCUGAACCGCGAUGAAGAUCUUUUUCAGAUCGUCCGAGAGUGCGGUGGGCCGCAGGAAAUUCCUCAUUUUUAUGCCUGCACUGUGGGGGAGAAACCCUCUAGAGCUAUGUAUCACAUGGCAGGUUCGGAUGACGUUGCCUUUUUGCUAGCGAAGUUCGCGUAUCACACUUCACGGGCGAUGGCUAACGUGGUCACAGAAAGCGGAAACUAAGCAUGCAAGCGCUUCGGGAGCGAGAGGCAUCAUUUCAUUGCGAAGUGCAUGUCGCAGCUUACUUAUGCUAUCGAAAUCAAUUGCACCAUGUUACAGGAGGAGCAAUUUCUUGUAUUUGUGUCAUCGCAUGUGCGUAGUUAGCUCGUGGUUUGUUCUUGUAACUUAAGAAUAAGAUAAUAUCGUACUAUGUCAUGAUUGAUGAUUUUUUACCGUACAAUCAGAAUUACAACCUUUUUAUUUUUCGGUUGUGAGUAUACAUAAAACAAGACUUUUUUGGUUCUUAUAUAAAUAUAAAUAUAUCGCAGUAGAUACUGAUAGUUGGCAGAGUGGCUUCUUUGGCUGGCUUCAUUUUCUGGCACGCACGCACGCUUUUGUUUCUUCUCCUGCUUUCGCUUGUUGUGCUGGUACAAUGAUGACAUGUACUUACCUAAAUUGUGGUUUGUUGAUUUACAGUGUUGUGAUUCUUCAACUUUUCAUCAUUCGAGAACUGAUACUCUGACCUUUAGCGGGAAGAUAUGGAAAAAGUCGAUGUCUUCCCUACUCAUGAGAGGAAAGUUUUUGGGGAGGUGUUACGGCAGCGUGUUGAAAUCUUGUGUCCCUUAUUUUUCUCUAGAUGUAAUACAUUUUGGGCGCGGCGCUCAUUCGUGUAGACAACGACAACGUGUAUUGGCGAGCAGCGAGAGACUACGCAGCUUGUCAACAAAAUCAAAAGAUAGAGUACUUGUACCCCAUGAUUGGGUCAACUAUUACUACUAGGAAAGAAGUACUUCGAAAAAUGAUGAAACGACAUGCGGUUCUUGUUGAUACGCUCCCCAUGUGCAAGCUACAUAAUGUGGUGAAGACAACCUGUUCUAUCUUUGAUCUUGAUGUUUCACUGGUACAACAUAGACAAGCAUGCCAUCAUCAAAUGCAUCUUUACUUUCCCGCUAGCUCUACAUAGUGUAAAAAUGCUCAUUUUGAUGAAUGUAAAAAUGUGAAAAUAGAAAAUGUUCUCUCCAAGAACGUAGAAUCACGAAACUUGUUCUAGUUCUGGUCUUGAGACAGACGCCACGCUGCAGAGUUUCAUACGAAAACAAGAUGGAACUCAUCAAUUUCAACAACAUUUGUUGGCCGGGUUUGGUUCCAUGCAUAGGAGAAAAGAGAUGUGCCACGGUGCAGAGAUUAUCUUUCAAAGAUCUUCGUGCCAUCGAGAAGGAACGAGGGAGGUUACAACCGGCCGAAAACUCGGAUUCUGACUUUUAUACUCUUCCAUGUCGAUGAGGAUCAUGAAAAUGAUCGAAGCCGAGCCUUUAUUUAAGAUUUAGAUAUGUUUUAGGGCUGCACGGUGCCCCCCCCUGUGGUGUGGCCUGUGGUGGCGCGCGCGCGCGCUUUUCCGCGCUGAGAGCCAGCAAGCCGAUGACCAAGGGCCCGGAGGGUACAGGCCACACGGCUCAGGGGGUCCAGCCCCUCGCCUUUUGCCGCCUUCGGAGGCCCUCCAAAACCGGCGCACUGCUGCGGCGGCGAAGCAUAUCGGAGGCACUUAGGGCACAGGCAGGCGCCUGGAAGGGGGCGCAGGCGGUCCCUUGGGCCCCUUUUGAAGCCUCCCACCUACAUCGGAGGCCUCUAGGGAACAGCCAGGCAGCUGGAAGGGAGCGGAGGCGGCCACUUGCCCCCCUUUUGAGGCCUCCCACCUACAGCGGAGGCCUCUAGGGAACAGCCAGGCAGCUGGAUGGGAGCAGAGACGGCCACUUGGCCUCCUUCUGAGGCCUUCCAUUCCCGGCAGACGCCUUAAAGAGGGGCCCGGGGCUGCGCGGUACCCUCCUCCUACGCUAGGGGGGGGACCGUCGCCCUGAGCCUUGGAUCAUAUACUGUUCUUACUCUGACAUCGCCGCAGGCUGCACUAUCCAGAGAGGCGCGGAUCAGAAAAUCAUAGCGGACGAAACUAGAGAAAAAUUGUGAAGUGGUGUGUGCGU